AUGGUGGCCACCGAUUGCGGACAUACUGCUAUUGUCGCAAUGCUCCUGGCAACGCACCAUGUGGAUGUUAACAGGAAGGAGAGGGACGGGAAUACACCGCUUCUGUCGGCGGCGCGAAAUGGCCAUAGUUCCGUGGUGAAGCUGCUUUGCGCGGAAAAGAAUUUCCCGCUCUCCGUGGGCGAUGAUGUGAAGCCGGAUUUAAGGAACUUAGAUGGGCGGACGCCGCUCUCCCUGGCAGCAGAAUUGGGACAUGAGGCCGUGGUCAAGUUGCUGCUCACAACACCGGGUGUUAAUGCGACCUCCGCUGAUUCCAAAAACCGCACGUCGCCCUGGUGGGCUGCGCAGAGUGGGAAUGAAGUCGCCACUCAAGCUCUUCUUGCAAAGAUGGAGAAGGCAUGCCUGGAUACCCCGGACUCGGACGACGAGACACCAUUACUGUGUGCCGCACGAAACGAGCACAAAGCCUGGUGCGGCUAUUCCUUGCUACCGAGGGGGUGA